GAAUCGUGUGUUUUUGAAUCGGUUUCGCUUUUAUAUGCGAUUCAUUACACCAACUGUCUUCGAUAAACAAAAGCUGUCAUCUUCAGUUUGCUUGUUGAAAUCCAGAGAUUUUCUUAGAAAUAAAACUAUGGUUUUUAAAUAUCCUCCAGCAAGACGUGAUGAAACCGCAGUUGAUGAAUAUCAUGGAGUAGAAAUUCAUGAUCCUUAUCGAUGGCUGGAGGAUCCAGAUUCAGAAGAAACCAAGGAAUUCGUUCGUCUUCAAAAUGAAUUGGCAGUCCCUUAUUUAGAAAGCUGUGAAGUUCGAGAAAAGCUGAAUAAAAGAAUAACAGAUUUGUGGAAUUACCCUAAAUAUGGAUGUCCUUUCAAGGAAGGAAAGUAUUAUUAUUAUUUUAUGAACACAGGUUUACAAAAUCAAAGCAUUUUAUACCGACAAGAAACUCUUGAGAGUGAAGCUGAAGAAUUUUUAGACCCUAAUAAGUUGUCUAAAGAUGGAUUGGUCAGUUUAUCUGUUUAUGAAUUUUCAGAAGAUGGUGAAUAUUUUGCUUAUGGACUUAGUGAAAGCGGCUCUGAUUGGAACAAAAUUAAGGUGAAACAAGUUUCAACCAAAGAAGACUUACCUGAAGUUCUACAUAAAGUGAAAUUUUCAGAUAUUUCUUGGACCCAUGAUAACAAAGGCUUUUUCUAUUCUCGUUAUCCAGAAGCAGACAGCUCUGUUGAUGGUCAUGAAACAACUGUUCAGGAAAAUCAUUCUGUAUACUAUCACAGGAUUGGAACUGAGCAGUCUGAAGACAUUUUGUGUGCCCAGUUUCCAAAACACCCUAACUGGCUAGUUGGUGCUUCUGUGACUAACUGUGGGAAAUAUGUUAUAGUCGGUGUUCAAGAAACAUGUAAAAAUAAUAUGGUUUAUUACUGUGACUUGGAAAAACUGCCUAAUGGAAUUUCUGGGCUUUUGCCUUUAAAGUGCAUUAUCAAUAACUUUGAAGCAGAAUAUAGAUAUGUUGAUAAUGAGGGAUCUAUCUUUACAAUUCAUACAGAUAAAGAUGCUCCUUUAUAUCGAUUGAUAACAAUUGAUUUUGAAAAUCCAGAUGAGGCUAAUUGGAAAGUCAUAAUACCCGAAGAUGAAAAAAAUGUACUUGAUUGGACUCUUUGUAUUAAUAAGGAUAAACUUCUUGUAGGUUAUAUUGAAGAUGUAAAAAGUGUACUGAGUUUGUAUGAAUUGAAUACUGGAAAGAGGCUUCACACUUUUUCAUUAGAUGUGGGCAAUGUCACUGGUUAUUCUGGUAAAAAGAAGCUGAGUGAGGUUUUCUUUCGAUUUGUAUCCUUUUUAACACCAGGAAUUAUUUAUCAUUUUGACCUGCAAAAUGGGUAUGAAAUGAAAGAAUUCAGGAGAAUUUCUGUACCAGAUUUUGAUCCUUCUAAAUUUGAAACAAAGCAAGUAUUUUAUUCAAGCAAAGAUGGAACUAAGAUUCCUAUGUUUAUAGUCCAUUCAAAGGACUUUGUUAGAGAUGGUGCUGCCCCUGCAUUACAGUAUGGUUAUGGAGGGUUUAAUAUCAGCCUUUUACCUGCUUUUAGUGUCUCUAGAAUUAUUUUCAUGCGACACUUUGGAGGUGUCCUGGCUGUUCCAAACCUAAGAGGAGGAGGGGAAUAUGGUGAGAGAUGGCAUAGUGAAGGAAAAGUGCUCAAGAAACAAAAUGUAUUUGAUGACUUUCAUGCUGCAGCUGAAUAUUUAAUUGAAAACAAAUAUACAUGUGCCAAAAAAUUGACAAUCAAUGGUGGUUCCAAUGGAGGUCUACUCAUUGGAGCUUGCAUUAAUCAAAGACCUGAAUUAUAUGGCUGUGCCAUUGCUCAGGUUGGUGUUUUAGAUAUGUUGAAAUUCCAUAAAUUUACAAUUGGUCAUGCCUGGAAGUGUGACUUUGGCUGUUCUGAUGAUGAAGAACAAUUUCACUAUUUGCUUAAAUAUUCUCCAUUGCACAAUGUACGAAUUCCUAAAGAUGAGAAUGUCCAAUACCCAGCUGUUCUGCUAUUAACUGGAGAUCAUGAUGAUCGAGUGGUGCCUUUACAUUCCUUGAAAUUUAUUGCUGAAUUACAAUACAGAUUAGGCAGCUGUGAAAAACAGACAAAUCCAUUAUUAGUUAGAGUUGAUGUUCAAAGUGGUCAUGGAGGAGGGAAACCUACAUCAAAAGUGAUUGAAGAGCUUACCGAUUUCUAUUGCUUUAUGUGCAAAGCACUGGACUUGAAGUACUCGGAUUGAGCGAAAGCCAUUUUAUAGCACUUUUAAAUUUUUCACCAGGUUAAAUAUCUUUAAGAUGGACUAGAAAUUAUUUUUGAAGCAUUCAUUUUUCACUAUCGUAACAUAAAAGAAAGUUCCAGAGACCAGUCUUGAGAUGGUGGAAAUUAAAGUGAACUGCAAAAGAGGAAGGUUGAGUACUUUUAUGCAGAAUUAAAGUUUUAAAUAUAAAUAGUUGUCACUGUGGUCUGACAAAUAAAAAAAAUUGUUAAUUUUACCAUUCUUGUGGGAAAAAAUAAAUUAUGCUUCCAUGCUGA